AUCCACAACCAGAAGGCGACGACCAACUCACCUUCACACAUCGUCGGUGGAGAUCGCCAUCUCUUGUCAGCUUCAAAAUUUCCAUAUUCCCCGCUAUCCAACAGCCCCGCGUUUCGGAGGAGACACGAGGCUGAGGGAGGGGGCACAAUUUAGGGUUUUGAAAAGUGUUUGGGGCAGGAAAUGGCGUAUAGGAGGAGGCAGCAGCCGGCGUCGGGGUUUCGAUUUGAAGAAUGGGAAGAAUCAACAACUCGAAAUUCAAUUCCUCCACCGGAGGCGGAGGACGAUUCGCUCGCCGCCAAAGCUAUAAGAGCGUCCUCGGCUCAUCGGGACUCUUCUCUCUCAUCUGCUUACGCUACCCGCGGCGUCCAUUCGGGUUCUAAUCUCUCCCCUUCAGCUCCUCAGUUUUCGAAAUCAAUCCCCACCGCCGCAACUCCUUCGUCUCUUCCCUCUCCCACCCAGCCACAUGAGUAUACGUCAAUGAAGAAUCUGAAUGAAUCGAAAAAUGGGUUCUGGAGUGUUCUUGCUAGAAAAGCCAAAGCCAUUAUAGACGAUGACGAAGAUGAUAAUGUUGCUCAAACGUAUGAUUCUCCUGGAAGAACAAGGGUGGAACCGCCCCCUACACUGACUAGGGGUAAGAAUUACGAUCCAAAUCCAUCUGUUGAAAACCGUGGGAGGGCAGAAAAUCCCACACUACAGAAGGGAUUGGGUGCAUUUACGUCAUCCCUUAAUUAUAUAAGUGGCACCAUUGGAAAUGCCUUAGAGGAGGGUCGUACCAUUGUUGAGAAAGGCACUGCCGAUAUCAUUCAAGAAACUCGUAAACAUAUCAGGAAAAAGCCACAAAAUCAGGCACCAAAAUCAGAAUAUCAGUCGCUAGCUGACCUUGAACUUCAAUUGAAGGCAUCUCGCGACGUUGCUAUGGCAAUGGCUGCUAAAGCAAAACUCCUCCUUCGGGAGUUGAAAACUGUAAAAGCAGACCUUGCUUUUGCAAAGGAGCGAUGUGCUCAGCUGGAGGAAGAAAGCAAAAUCCUCCGGGAGAAUCGUGACAGGGGAGAGAGCCCUGAAGACGAUGACUUGAUACGGCUUCAAUUAGAAACACUUUUAGCAGAAAAGGCAAGACUGGCACAUGAAAAUUCAGUGUAUGCACGUGAAAACCGCUUCUUAAGGGAGGUUGUUGAAUAUCACCAGCUCACAAUGCAGGAUGUCGUAUACUUGGAUGAGGGAACUGAAGAAGUUACUGAAGUUUAUCCCAUCAAGGUCAUUCCUUCUCAGUCGUCACCACCCUCUGAAGUACGGGGUGUCUCCGCAAAAUAUACCCUAUGAAGGCAGGUUAUUAAAGGAUACUAGAAUGUUUCUCUUUGAUCUCCAAGGGAUAUCUUAUGUAGUUCUGUACUAUACAAAGGCUUCAAGUUGUAGCAAUAUGAUUUGUUGGUUGUAUUAUACUUUUGGCAACUUAUUAUCAGCUCUCCCAGGGUUUGGCUGGUAUGUGAUGUAAUACUUCAUCUCCCGAGUCUUCAGCUGCAAAGGCGUCGUAUCGCCUUUAACCUACGAUGUUAGUUUAUUUCGUGCUUGGGAGUUGUAACUGUUGCAUUCUUUUACAACGUAACUGGGAAUGUAGAAAAAAGGACAGCGAUUCUUGCCAAAUUUCAACAUUUUCAGUUCAGAUGGUGUACGCUUACCUUUUGCGAUGAUACACCAGCGUACCUAAUGCAAUGAGAGAUGCGGUCAUGGAGGUCGAUAAACGAUAGGAGCCACAGAAGGAUGAGGCUCAUCCCUUUCACAUGUUGUAUAUCUGAAAAUUGAAUGCUGUACACACCUUCAGGUU